UCAUUAUUAAAGCGGGCUGUCGAGACUGCCAGCGAGCCGAGCGAGGUGUGAUAUAAACACGCACGAUUAUUUAAACUCUUUCGUGACUUGAAUGUCUCAGAACAGCUGUUUGUUUAUCUUGGAUUCCGGUCUGUUUGGUUGUCGUCCAACCCCAAGUACCGCUCGUUUUUGAACUAAUAUACUUUCGGUUUCAUUUUCAACGCAGUUCGCUUCAGCUACACGAAAGAGACGCGCUUGUGGUGAAGUUGGGUCGAUACACUGCUAACUGAGGAAUGAGUGAUUCAGAAGAUGCAGACAUGGACCCGACUCCAAGGAGAAGAAGAAACAGUAAAGAGACUGACCCACCCAAUAUGUCAGGAGAGCCUGCCAGGAAAGAAAUCCUCAGAACAUUCAAGAUCAUUGAGGAGUUUGUCCGACUGUUCAAAGAAGAGAAGCCGCUGAUAGAAGGACACCUCCGAGAACUCAAGAGAAUUGCCGACAGACUGGACAAGGUCAACAAGCAGGCUACCAUCGCUAAGACUGCAGGGAGUUCUCUUUGUGCCAUAGGGGGCACUAUGGCCUUUGCAGGGCUGGUUCUGGCUCCUUUUACAUUGGGAGCCAUGGCUACAGGGGCUGCUGCUGCUGUGGUUGGAGGAGCCACCAAUCUCGCCACAGAAAUAGUAAAGGCUUCAAGUGUUGGAGAUUAUAACAGGAGAGUGCAGCAAGAAUGUGAUAUCCUUCUGUCUGAAAUGAGUGCACUUGGUGAAUCAUACAAGGAUGCUUGUGGAGCAGUUUCUGAAAUAGAUGAAGCCCAUAUUGGGGUUGUUUUAAAAAACGCUUGUCUAACGAGACUUCGUCUGGGUGCUGUGGUCUUGCUUGCAGAUGCUGCUUCAUUGAUCUCUAAAGGGGCCAAAAGAUUCGGGGCUCUCGACGGAGUCUUUCUGCUCUGGAAUGUCUUUGACAUUGUCUCGAAUUUCACUGCCAUUCAGCACGGGUGCAAAAGCGUGCGAGCGGAAGAGAUUCGCAAGCUGGUGGAAAGUGUAGAAUCCGAUCUAGCAGCACUGGAAGCCGUCUCUUCAGAGAUGGACUCAGUUCUUAAGGAUCGGUGAAGUCUCAGUCAGGGAUCUCGGGAUCUCAUGCGUUGGAAAGAGAUUUCACUGGAAUAAUGUGCUGAUGCACCAGCAGUGGAAGGCGGCUUUGACACAGAAAUCCCUUUUGAGCGCAUGAACCCGGAUCUCUCGUUUUCCCAGUUCAGAGGCUGACAGGAUUGUGACUGAGGAAAACCUGCCAGUGAUAGAGGCUGUGUGCACACACACACACACACACACACAUAUAUUUAUAUAUAGUGGCAGGUCCGGAGAUAAGACCGAACGUGCUCACGUAAACAGUAGCAGUGAUCCGUAAACAAAGUUCUACACAACCCAGUAAUACGGUAUAACUCAGAGCGGCACCUGAUAUAUUUAUAUCCCACAAUCCAAAAGCCGGUCAAAACACAGACAGGGUUUGGUUCACGUUACGGGUUCUCAGCAAAGUUCAGGUUCAGGCAACAAGUCGGGUAGUCGAACAAUCCAAGGUCGGUAAUCGCAGGCAAACAGGUACUAAACAGGCACUUACUUUUCACUCUACUCACUCCCCCCCCCCCAGCACAAAGCUGUCUCCUUACUCCUUCCCUAACCUGUUGUGGGCUGUACCUUUCUAUGAUGAUUCAUCCUUAAUUCUGUGACAUCAUUUCCCGCCUUGAGGUGGUGUGAAGUUUCCCUCGGGUCGGCCAUCUUACUUCCGGGAACGUGAGGUCAUAAUUUGCCAGCAAACUUGCCCUCACAGACCUCCCAUUAAUGACUCUACCCCCAGCUUUAUCACAAUAUAUAUAUUUUGGAUAAUGUUUGUUGGCUGUUUUUAUUUACUGUGCACAGUUUCCUAGUAGGUGUAAUAUUACUUGUGUAAUAGAAAAUAAAAAAGGAUUCGUUGUUAAUAUCUCUCCGAGUCACGGAGCCCGCAUGUUCAACUCCAAGUCUGAGUCGCACAAGGUCCUACAAGUCUGUUACAGGUUAAAAACUGCAGUGUACAAAAUUGAAGGCAUAUGAAAGAAAAGGUUUUUUAAAAAAUGUACACAAAGUUUAAAAGAUUUUUAAAAAAUCUUUUAUUUUCAGGACGUUUCGGGCAAAAGCCCUUCAGCAGAGAUUUAAAAAGAAAAGCAAACACAGCGAGGUAAACUUGUUGUUAUUCAAGAUUCGGAAUCAUACCAACAUUCUGUGGAUGAUGUCAUGAUUAUUAGAACAGAAUGUUCAUUCCCAGAGGUUCCAAAGCGCCUCAUUUACAUAUAGAAGAAUAAAAGAAAGUAAAUGGAUAAAUAGGCUGAACAUGAUUAUGCCAGCGGGACUCAACAGAAAAGAAUGAACUAAUUAACUUCAAUAAAUAUAUAACAUUUAAAUAAAUAAACAAAAUUCAUUCAAAAGUUGUGCAUGCUGAUGCGCUGGGGAGGCCAAAUCUAGACUGAUCCUCAGAGCCAGCUUUGCAUGAUAUAAUAUAAAUAUAAGUUUAUAUAAAGUAAUGUUAAUUAGAAUAAAUACAGAUUCGAAGAUAGAAGUAAAAAUGAUGUCACAAUAUAUAGAACACCAUUACAUCAUGUAAGAAUAAAUCAUGGAUUUGAAUGUAAACAAUAACAAGUAGUUGUCGUGCCGUCAGAAACCUAUAAAUACCUCCAAUGUUUUGAUUCAAACACAGGCUCCCUUGAGAAAGAUAUGUACAACAUAUCGAAACAUU